AUGGUGCAAUCCACGUUAAUCUACAGAUACGAUGCCCUCCCUUUGUGUGGAUCGGUAGACGACAACAACGACCCAGCGUUGUUGGACCAAAAGAAGAAGUGCAAGAUCCUCAUCAGCAGAAUCACACCAAACUCGGAGCCCCAGGCCACGGUCGAAUCAGGACCAUACAACAUCCACUACUUGAUUGUGAACUCCAUCAUUUACCUUUCGAUCUGUGAGAAGUCAUACCCACGCAAAUUGGCAUUUUCGUACUUGGAAGAGAUUUCCAACGAGUUUCAGCACUCUCAUGGCCAGGAGGCCUUGAGCAGUAGUGCAAGGCCGUUUGGAUUCAGUUCCUUUGACAACUUCUUGAGUAAAACCAAGAAAAUCUACCAAGAUCAAAGGGCACAGUCCAACUUAGACAAAUUGAAUAACGACUUGGCCGACGUCAAGAAGGUCAUGACCAAGAAUAUCGAGGACUUGCUCUACAGAGGUGACUCCUUGGAUAAGAUGAGCGACUUGUCCUCGAGCUUGAAGAGUGACUCUCUCAAGUACAGAAAGAGAGCCCAGAGAAUCAACUUGGAGGCCUUAAUCAGACAGUACAUUCCUAUUGUGGGGGCUGGUUUGAUUUUUGUAUUCAUCAUUUGGUACAAGUUCUUGUAG